UACACCACCAUAUAUAGCAACUAUCAAGUUUUAAAAAUUCAUCACUUCGCAGAUUUCAGAAUGUCUAAGGCAAGGGGAAUAUUGAUUUUGAGCCUUUUCGCAGUGAUUUCGGCUGUAAAUGCAGGAGAUCCGAAAAUCGUAACCCCAGAAACAGUCACAAACGACGACAUCAAGUCAUUACGCCAAAUAACAAUUAAGGAAGCAUUACCAAUAAUCUUAUUCCACGAAACACAGUUUAAAGUACUAGCUCCACCAGAGAGAUUAAAACAGGCCAAACUCCAAGACGGCAGGUUGUUGUAUGAAACAGAAUUUGAAACAGGCCUUAUAGCAUCACCCGUACAGUAUUUUUUUUGCCCACAUCCGACGUGCAUGGGUCACAAUUGCCUAUUCAUCAAACAGUUCGACCAAUCGGAAUCGCAGAUUUUAGAAUGUGAACGCGAACCCAUUCCAGUAAUAGAACGAGUACCUCGCGAAUCCCCACAUUGUGGCCCAGCAACAGGUGAUGGAAUCAAAUUGAGAUUCGUGUAUAAAAUUUGUCCUGAACAGGCUGAUAUUAAAUUUGAAAACGAUUCGAACAACUUCGCUACCUAUUCAUUUUGUUACGAUGGAACUUCGAAAAAAAUUCUAUUCAUGGAUCACGAAAUAAUUUCAGCAGAACUACUUUCUGAGAAAAUAUUGAUAAGGGAACGAGAAGUGAAAUUUGAAAAAUAUAGCGCAGAAACAUACGAUCUUAUUGAUUCGGAUUAUCGAGCAGAUUUAGACUCAGCUGCAGACAAAUUAAAACCUAAUUAUACACUUCAAAAAUUGAUACCAGCCGAAGACAUGGCAUUCGCAACCUGGAUACGAACCACGUACCACUACGUAAACGUUGCAUUGCAGUAUAACAUCUUAUCUAAUCUUUGGAACGAAAUCAAUAUGAAAAUCACAGCCGAAGUCCUAAGCAAGUAUGCUUCAUCGCCCCCACGUAUGAUAACCGCAGUACUUGAUACACCCACCAACGAGCUACCCACCUCAGAGCAAGAUAAGCAAUUGUCAAAUGUUUGGGUCAAACUGAUUCUCAAUCUGAAUAAAAAAUCCAAAACAGGAUUGGCAAUCUUGAUGAAUAAUUUCAUCACAGAUGAAACUUCGGAUUUAACAAGACAUUUCAUAGAUUCGAGUAAAAUUUGUCCGGAGAAUUUAUGCGUGGAUACGCUGAGAAAAAAGUUCACCGAUAUUGGAGGAAAAGUACGAUGCUGUCCGGUAACUGAAGACUUAAUGAGUUUUUUCUUCAACGAACAAGAAUUAAAAGGUCUACGAAUUGAAAAAGUGAUGCCGAUUCUUGAUGUUACUUUUAGACGGCCUCCCGUUUAAGAACGUUAUAAGUUACGUAGUUAACUAGUUACAUGAAAUGUGUGUGGUUUUUUAUGUAAUUGUAUAAAGAAAUGGAGUUUAUUUAUUUUUAAAAUUAGUAGUUAUUAAAGCGUUUGAGUUCGGUAUUAUAAAUUAUUUUAUCUGAUGAAAUAAAUAUUUUCAUUUUAACAUGAACGUA